AACACGCACACUGUUGUGACACGUAAACGAAAACGGCAGUCAAACUGUCAAGCGGGAACUGUCAAAUGCAUGUUUACCUUUUUUUUGCGCGUACCAAGCAUCUGUUGAAGUUCGUGCGGCUCUGUUAUUUUCGCUUUUGCAGUGCAAGAAAAGUACAGUUAAAAUAAUGGUCUGCGUUAGAUAAAUGGUUGCCCUUCUGAGGCGUAUAGAUUUCCACGCAGACGAGUAACGCGUGAAGAAGCGGAAAAUCAUCUUGUUAAAACGAUAUGUUAAAACUGAGGAAACCACGUCGGUGUGUCUGAUUGAUUAUAGUGUUAUCAAAACAUCAGCUGAUGAAUUGUGAUGAUUUGAACUGCAAACAGGGGCGGUGAUAAAGCUAUGGUCGGGUUCUAUUGCUUUCUGUAUUCAUAUUUGUCCGCACCUGAAUGAGUGUAAAAAAAGUGUAAAAAAAAACAGCGCGUUCGUGUUUUGGAGACGAUCUCGUUGAUUUCGUGGUAGGUGCAGUGUCGCAUACGAAAAGUGUAGUGCCGUGCGUAGGAGACACCAAAACGACAUGGCUGUGUCUAAGUUUAGCGACGUGGAUGAAUAUGGCUUCAAACGGGAGGCAGAUUUCGACUACCAAUCGUAUGAAAACAUCAUGUCCAGCUACCUUUCUGUGCUUACAACACGAAGCAUGCGCUGGCAAAAGUUUCUCCAGAGUGCGGACAUGCUAAAGAAUCGGUCCAAAUUAAAGCGCUUCGUGCGCAAGGGCGUUCCAGGAUCGCUUCGCGAAGAGGUGUGGAUGAAAACAUCCGGUGCAAAGGACCUACAGCAAAAGGAACCAAAUCUUUACCAGACGCUACUUACAUACGAAUUCGAUCAGGAGAUAUCGGAUCAAAUUAAACUCGAUCUUCCAAGAACGUUUCCGGACAAUAUCCAUUUUGAGCAGUAUCAGGUAAGCUUGUACAACGUUCUGAUUGCGUUUGCUCACCACAAUCGAACUGUCGGCUACUGUCAGGGGCUAAACUAUAUUGCUGGUUUAUUGUUACUAGUGACUAAGAAUGAAGUAUCUUCGUUCUGGCUGCUAAAAGUGGUUGUUGAGAACAUCGUACCGCUAUAUCAUACAAAAACAAUGGAUAACCUCAUUACCGAUAUUGAUGUGCUGAGUGAACUAAUCCGGCUGCGGGCACCUGACGUCCAUCGGCACAUCUUUGACUUGGGAUUACCCUGGCCAGUGAUAGCAACCAAAUGGUUCAUUUGCCUGUACGCCGAGGUAGUACCGACCGAGACCGUACUUCGGAUAUGGGACUGCCUGUUUCUCGAGGGCAACAAAAUAUUGCUCCGCGUGGGCCUAACGAUCGUUGUGCGCUUACGGCAGGAUCUGUUGGCGACCGACGACAUCUCAACGCUGAUCGGGCUGUUUCGUUCGUUGGAAAAAUCGUACGUACUCAGGACUGUCAUGAGUUCAUGA